AUGAUACUAAACAACUAUGACUAUGAGGAAGAGCCUCCUCAAAUCACCACUUCGGAGAUUGACAGAAAAUUCUGGGAUUAUUUUGACGGGGCGACGACCCCUAGUACUAAUAUUACGGAGACGGUUCUUAGAGACCAGGGUCCUGUGUUGGUGAUAUAUGGCAUUCUGCUGGCAGUUGGGGGGGUGGGAAAUGUGGCUGUGCUGGUCAGCCUGGCCAGGUCCAGGAGAAGGAAGUCGAGAGUGGAUCUGAUGAUGACCCAUCUGGCUUUGGCUGAUGUGUGCGUCACUUGUGGCGUUAUUCCUUUGGAGAUCGGCUGGAAGUACACAAACGCCUGGUUGGUGGGUAACCUGAUGUGCAAGCUACUACUCGUUCUCCGAGCCUUUGGGCUGUACCUGUCUUCUAAUGUACUCGUCUGCAUCUCCGUUGACCGGUUCUUCGCGGUGAUAUACCCCCUGCGGCUGCCGGUGGCGCGCCGGCGCAGCAAGCAGAUGCUCCUCUGCGCGUGGGCAUUCGCGCUAGCUUGCAGUUUACCACAGAGCAUAGUCUUCCGUGUCAAGCGCCACCCUCAGGUAGCUGGCUUCGAGCAGUGCGUAUCAUUCGGCGCGUUCAGCUCUGAGCAACAAGAAGUGGUGUACAACGUCUUCUGUCUCUGCGCUAUGUACUUCUUGCCCCUCAUCAUCAUCACCGUAUGCUAUGUGUGUAUCUUCUGCGAGAUACAUAGGAGCAGUAAGGAGUUGGAUGAGAAACGCGUGCAUAGAAGCAGUGUGGGUCACGUGCGUCUGCGACGUUCCGACAGACGCGUGUUAGAGCGCGCGCGACGUCGCACACUGCGCAUGACGGUGACUAUAGUCGCCGUGUUCGCGCUGUGCUGGUUGCCGUACGCGACUAUCACCAUGUGGUACAUGGUUGACCGUCAGUCAGCAGCUCGCCUAUCGCCCAGGGUCCAAGACCUGCUGUUCGUGAUGGCCGUCUCCAACUCCUGCAUGAACCCGCUGGUGUAUGGAUCCUAUACCCUGGACCUUAAGGGUCUUCUACGAAGGUUGAUCAAGAAGACGUGUUGUCAUUCCUCAGCUGCUUCUGAUACGAUAGGUAUCGACGGCUCAGGAUCCAGUUCAAUUAAGAAUAAGAACAUUAAUUUGGAGACGCCGCUGAUGAAAUCUGUCAAGGGCAAUAAAGUUCGCACACGCCUCGGCGUGCGUUUCGCCGAGACGUCGCUGACAGCCGUGCCUUCGCGCCUCGAGGUCCCGAAGGUGGUGCGAGGGCCCGCCUGACACCCGCCCCCUCGCCUCCGCUGCGCCGAACACGAGCGCUGUCGAGUGCUGAACCAGUAUUACAGCGAUAAAAUCGCUAGUGUUUAAAGACUUUAAAAAAGAAAAAUGUGUAUAAAGUGAUGCUAUAAAGACAAUCAAAACAAGAAACAAUUAUUUAAAAUUUUAUGAUAACUUCAUUUACGCCUUGCAAUGCUGCAAAACGGUAUGAUGCUCGCUACAACGCCAUCAUAACAUAAGUGUGUGUGAUUUUGUAUUACCUGCAUCAACUAAUAAGUGUGUAAUAUUCAACAUCACAAGCCGUAAGCUGCCAAUUUGAGUAUUUAAAUAUAAAAUCUUAAAGUUUGUAUGCUCUCAAAUAUAAGACCACCUGUAUACUAUUACAUCUAUCAUUCUGACCUCAGAUGUCAACAAGUCCUACAGGUCACCUAAUAACUAUAUUGGUAUCAAACGGCUCAAUUUUAAGUUUAUAAACAAGUCUACUUUUCGUAUUAGCCUGAAAUUCCAAACCCCGAAUUUCUCACUUCAAAGUUCAAAGACAGACGGCUGUCACACAACUCUAACUUUGAACAGAAACGUGUGGUUUUAAUAAAGUCAACCUUACUGUUGUUGCUAAGUUCCAUUGUUGUUGCCAUGUGUGUCUAGCGAGAAAUUACAGAACAUCAAUUCUGAGUAUUUAUAUCAAUUCCGAGUAGCAUACACCUUCCUCAAGAUUAAACACGUUCCUUAAAUGAUGUGAAAUAUAUUCUAUUAUGAAAUAAUAGAACAAGUGGAUCACUUAACUCUUCAUUUCUUGAAUGUCAAGACUCUGGACUGCUCAUUCUGGUUUCGAUCAAUCGGAGAUUAAUUGGACACAACGAUAAACAUAGCCUAACAAGAAAAAAUUCGUAUUCUAAUAACAGAGAAUUAUACAACUCUACUGUAUUUAAUUUGUCACUUAAAUACUACGAAUAAGUAAUUUCCCUAAUAGCCUGUCAGUAAAUCGGAAAGCUGUCAAUAAUAAUAACAUGACAUUUCAAUUUUGCUGAAAAUCCUUCGAAAUGGCCUAACUAAACGUAAUGAAUGGGUGAUAACUGUAGUGAAAAUUCAACAUUUUAUUCUUACAAAACAAUAGUUAGAUACAAAAUUGAGAUUAGUAACAGCAAUUGAAUGCUUGUGUAAAGAAAGACUAUUUAUUACCAGCAUGUUUUGACGAAUCACCUCACUACUAACAUUUUCAAUCCAUCCUACGUUUCUUUGGUCGUCAUUUGAUACAUUUAAGUGUAAUGAGAACUUGGUAUCUUUAAUUAUUUAUCUUGUCAUCUAUUCAUAAGGUACCAGUAAUAUGUAUGUACCUUUCGUAACAGUUAAUGUUAAACACACAGACCAUACAGCAUUUUGGUUGAGAUAUCAUAAGUCUUGAAUCGGAGGCUUGUGUUAAUUACAGAGGUGCCACGGCAAUUACACACUCCUCGAGUCUUUGAACUUAAAGGUAGGCCUACAUUGCGGAGAUUUCGAUGCGACGUUUUCGUGAAAUUUAAAAAUUUUCAAUUUAAAGAUAUGGGUGGAUAAUUUUCUUCUAGUGAAUAUUUUUCAAGCACACUUAGAUUUUUCUCAUAUUAUUUUAUAUAAAAUUGCCAUAACGGUUAUUUAAUACCUAAUGCUACAAAUCCAUUAGAACAUUUUUGGUUCAUUUGAACAGACAUAAAGCUAUCAUCAUCCAUCAUCCUCCGAGCCUUUUCCCAAUCAUGUUGGGGUCGGCUUCCAGUCUAACCGGAUUCAGCUGAGUACCAGUGC